AUCAGAGUCGGCCAGUUUAUGUAAAGCAAAAUAUAUCUGUCCAAAAUUUAAUCUCUAUAUUAAAUCCACUAGAUGGGGCUCCAUCCAUGGUUGUGUUGUUUUCUGAAAUGUAGUUUGUAAGAAAACAGAGUUUGAUUGGAAGAACAGGCUACAGAGUCUGUUUCUGUCCUUUAAUUUCAGACUUCAUGGAUCACUUAAAUCUCAUCCAUCCUCUCUGAAAUCCUGACUGCUGUUCUUUAAUUUGUUUGCAGAACUGGUUAUUCCAUGCAACCAUAUAGCAAUGAUUAUAAAGUAAUAACUUACAUGAUAAAAAUAGGGACAUUCUGUUCUUGCUUUCUGAUCUCCGUGGUCAGAGAUGUUUGCUGUUAUUAGAGACUGAACCUGGUGGGGCUUCAGACAUUGAUCAUGUAAGAAACACCAAACAGCUGCUAAAGAAGCAGUUUAUGCAGAGUGUUAAAAAGUAGUAACGAAUUUAGGUGAUUGGAGUUAAGAAAUGCAGAUAUUUGACAUUAUAUAAACGCAAUAUUUUUCAAUGCCUGAUGUCUCUGUCAAUUAAAAAAGGGUCUGAGAGUGUGAUGCCUGUGCCUAAACAAAUGGACAAAGGCUUGAAUAUGUUUGUGGGACUCAGGUGCAUUCAAGGUUUCCACAUCACAGCAGAUGAGCGCAGUGGUUUUGCAGCACCGUCCACCUGGGUGGCGUGAAAGUGGGUGGGAACAUACAGUAACAAUAUUGAAGGAAUCCAAUGAGGGUGCGGCAAGAUGAUGCUUCCUCCCUCCCAAAAGAGCCCUUGCCUCCCAGCGGACACCACUGGGCCUGGCGCACGGGAUUGAAAGUCUGAGUGCAUGUGGUGUCCCUUAAAGAGAAGCGCCGACCAAACGGCACAGACUUUUCUCCAUUGAAGAAUCAGCGAGAUGAAGAACAGCGCCAACCCGGCACCAUGCGCUCCAGGCUCCCAAGGACCGCCUGCCUACUGCGAAUCAUUGCACUCUGCAUCCUUCUCUCGCACACUGCAGCUUAUUUUGGGCUGACAGGUCGGGAGCCCUUGGUGUUUUUACCAGGACCGUUUUCCAAUGAAGCUCCGACAGGAAAGGCCCACCUGAAGCAGUGCGAGCAGAUGACUCUGACCAGGCGACAGAAGAGACUCUGUCGCAGGGAGCCUGGUUUGGCCGAGACGCUCCGGGAGUCGGUGCGCCUCAGCCUGCUGGAGUGUCGGUAUCAGUUCAGGAACGAGCGCUGGAACUGCAGUCUGGAUGGCAGGGGAAGCCUCCUGAAAAGAGCAUUCAAAGAGACUGCCUUCCUGCUGGCGGUGUCCUCUGCAGCACUGACCCAUGCACUCGCCAAAGCGUGCAGUUCAGGCCGAAUGGAGAGGUGCACGUGUGACGACUCCCCGGGCAUCCAGCACCGAGAGGCCUGGCAGUGGGGGAUCUGUGGCGACAACCUGAAAUACAGCACCAAGUUUCUCAAGAAGUUCCUCGGCCAGAAGAGGGUCAGCAAGGACCUGAGGGCUCAGGUCGAUGCCCACAACAUCAACGUUGGAAUCCGGGCAGUGAAGAGCGGACUGAAAACGACCUGCAAGUGUCACGGCGUCUCCGGCUCUUGUGCUGUACGGACUUGCUGGAAGCAGCUGUCUCCCUUUCACGACACCGGACGGCUGCUGAAGUAUCGAUACGACACCUCUGUCCGAGUGCUGAGUGUCACCAACACAGCCACCGGGGAGACCGAGCUCGCGAGCCCCCGUCGCCACGGCCAGAGCCUCCGCACUACUGACCUGGUCUACCUGGAAGACUCCCCCAGCUUCUGCAGGCCCUCCCGCUACUCCCCCGGUACAGGCGGCCGGUCAUGUGCCAAAGACACGAGCUGUCAGAGCUUGUGCUGCGGACGCGGUUACAACACGGCCAUGCGCCUCACCAGCCUGUCCUGCCACUGCCAGGUACGCUGGUGCUGCCACGUGGAGUGUCAGACCUGUGUGAGAGAGGAGGAGGUGUACACCUGCAAAAAUGCAUGAACAAACGAUGAGAUAGAAACUGUAAAGGCAGGUUGCAAAGACCUGAGAAAGAUGCUCAUCAUUGAACUUGGAUGUAGAGACAAUACGCUGAGGGAUCUCCACUCUGACUUGCAUGUUAUUUUGGGAGGAAAUAUACAGAUGUAACACUAUAAUAUUGCUAAUCAUCACUGAUCUGAUAUGCAACAGCUUACUGUAGGUGAGGAAGUUUUCAAACUAGCCUGCUUUUCUCUCGCUGGAUGCACUGAAAUCCCGCUCUUCUGGGAAGGAGGGAAACAAGCUCUUAAAACAGGUACUGGACUGGACUGGAGGCCACCAGCAGUACGAACCCUGUCUGCAGGGGAAUUCUGACAAUGACUCUGUUGUGUUGCAAUCGUCCCCCCCCCCUCCAUUCGACUAUUUAUUGUUCCAGUCUUUGUGUCUGUUGUACUGCUGCUUUGUACUUUAAUUCUUGUAAUCAAGUGUUGCCAAUAAGGCUAAAGUGGCCUUAAAAGGAAUCUACCUGUC